GAAAAAGAAGGAGAAGGAAGAAGAACCUGAUUGUCGGAUUCAACCAACAUUUCGUUGAGUUGUACGGAGAAGCAUCGCGUAUCCACGUUUCUCUUGCCUAGCGGAGCGUGAUCCACACACAAGUCGAGAUGGAUCCUUCUCUGUUGAGAGAGAGGGAGCUCUUCAAGAAGAGAGCUCUCUCCACCCCGGCGGUGGAGAAGAGACACGCCGCCGAGUCCAGCUCACACAAGAAGAAGAAGUCCAAAGCUGAUAAAGAGGGUUCAUCGGGCUCAAAACAAGGUGGAGAUUCCAGUAAUGGCAGCUUUAACCUCAAAGCCCUCAGUGGAAGUUCUGGGUACAAGUUUGGCUGCCUGGCCAAGAUCGUCAACUACAUGAAGACGAGGCAUCAGAGGGGGGACACACACUUCCUCACCCUGGAAGAAAUCCUUGAUGAAACCAAGCUGUUGGACAUUGGCAUGAAGCAGAAACAAUGGCUCAUGUCUGAGGCCUUAGCCAACAACCCAAAGAUCGACUCGCGAGACGGGAAGUACGCCUUCAAGCCCAAGUACAGCCUCAAGGACAAGAAGGCCCUGCUUAGGCUGCUGGACAAACACGACCAGCUGGGCCUUGGAGGAAUCCUGCUUGACGAUGUGGAGGAGGGGCUCCCCAACUCUGCCAAGGCCAUAAAGACAUUGGGAGAUAUGAUCACCUUUGUGACCAGACCAGACAAGAAGAAGGUCUUGUUCUACAACGACAAACACUGCCAGUUCCUGGUCGAUGAAGAGUUUCAGAAGCUGUGGCGGAGUGUUCCCGUGGACUCAAUCGAUGAAGAGAAGAUAGAGGAGUACCUGAAGAAACAAGGCAUCUCCUCAAUGCAGGAGACGGGUCCAAAGAAAGUGUUACCAGUGCAGAAGAGGAAAAAGCCCGGUGGACAGAAGAAGAAUCGCUUCAAGACUCACAACGACCAUUUGGCUGGAGUGCUGGAGGACUACUCAGAGGGUGUGCCAGUGAAGAAGGGACAGAACUAGCGCUGGCUGGCUAGAGAGCAAGAAGGCCGGAGCUUUAGCCCAAGGGAUAUUGGCCUUAUGCGCCUCUACAACCCAGACUGUUGAAUUGUUCUAAAGUGUUGGUUGGUGGUUUUAUUGUUACUUUGAGUUUAUUCUUUAUUUUGAAUUAUCAAAGUUCCCGAUUGCACUUAUCGAUCCCAUCAUUGCUUCAAUGAUCGUCGAUAAUGGACUCAAAGGAUUGGAUUGUGUUAGCUUUACACAAGACUUACUGCAUAACUACUUUCCUCAUCGGGAUACUCCAAUGACUUGAUAGUAAAAACACAAACCAGAAUACUAUGGAGUUGAAUUGUGGUUGACACUGCAGUGGUUAGAAAAGUCAAAAGUUCAGAAAGGUCAAAUGUUCAAAGGACACGGGGACCAAUUUGUUGUAAAAACUAGUUUAAGUAUGCUGCAUACUACACUUAAG